GUCAAAUCAAAAUCAUCCGAUAUGGGCGGGAACAGGCUUAAUAUAAUUUUUUCUUAGCUUGAGGUGUACAGAAAAGAAGAAACAAAAUAAAGCAAUGGGAGUUGAAAAGCGCGUAGUGCAGGUUGCAUGUGAAGUGCUGUUGAGCAGUCAGUCUACCCGGUGACCGGUGAAGCGUUAGGACGUGGGUUCUCGCUCCUCACUGUCAGUGUGUGUGGUUCUCAAGUGGACCGUCCGCAUGCACGCGGCUGUUGUCACCCUUCUUCUUCAGCAGCCACAGAUCUGGACCUCCGCCGCCAUUCAGACAGAAGCGAUGCCUCGGUCAUUCCUCAUCAAGACGCUACGUACAGUAGAGUCAUCACCGCCCGCUGCGCCGCCUCCAAACUACAGUCCCCCGCCUUCCCAGCCGCCCCGGUCACCACGCAGUACUUCCGCAUCGCCGCCCCGGUGCUGCGUCGACAGGCAUAGCAGUGCCUUCUCCCUUGUGUCACCCCGCGAAACCAGGAUAAAGGAAGCGGCCGCAACAGUCAGAGGUGGAGGCGCGCUAUUAUGCGGGGGCCCACUGAGCCCACUGGUACCUGUGGCUUACCCCCCAUACCUGUGGCAUCCGCUUCCCGGGCUCUUCCUGCCAUAUUCCCCGCUCAACCUACAUCGGCCACCGGAAGCACUGUCCCCGGAAAGCGCAGGUUCCGUGGACAGAGGGUACACCCCUGAAAAGGCUAAGCUAGCAGACGACGACGUGCCUCUCAACCUGUGCACGAAGCCGAGGCGACCGCUUGGAAUCUGGUCGCCGGCCAGCCUAUGUGAGCAGGAGUUGCGGGAUGAUGAUGACCAGCCCCACGUGACACACAGCAGUCGCCUGCAGCAGCACAGCCAGCAGGGCGGGGGGCGGUGUAGUAGCAGCAGCUGGGAUGCAGACCCACACCCAGCCGCCAGGCCUCCCGCCCCUACCACAACCACCUCCACCGAAAGAACCUUCCAGUGCAAACAGUGCGGCAAGUCGUUCAAGCGCUCGUCCACGCUCUCGACACACCUGCUGAUCCACUCGGACACGCGACCCUACCCGUGUCAGUUCUGUGGCAAACGCUUCCACCAGAAGUCAGACAUGAAGAAGCACACCNUAUGCCACACCGGUGAGAAGCCUCACAAAUGUGUGGUGUGCGGGAAAGCAUUCAGUCAGUCGUCCAACCUCAUCACCCACAUGAGGAAACACACGGGGUACAAACCCUUCUCUUGUGGUCUCUGUGACAAGGCAUUCCAGCGCAAAGUGGAUCUACGGAGGCAUCGCGACACUCAGCACCCAUCGGCGUCCGCAUCAGCGCCGCCACAACACUACACACAACGCGCUGCCCAGCAAGUCAUAAUCAGCAGCAGCAGCAGCUGAACUUGUCGCUACUGCAUCUCCCUGAUGAUGGUCACUUCGCCUCAAGUCAAGUCUCGACGUUCGUCCGAAAUUAGGAUUCAUCUCCCUGUUAGCUCAGUAUUCGAUCAGAGAAGCUACAGAAUGAUGAAUGUAUGUUCUGUCUUAAUAAUGCCAGAAAUGGCAAGUUCAGUAAGGUAAUUCCUUUCGAUUUGUUUUGAGAGCGUUCCCGAAAACAUUGCAAUUGAUAUAACCGCGGUUAAUAAAACGAAGGUCUUAGAGGAAAUUUGACGUUAGAGGCAGCUGUAAGUUCUCAUCAAAGCCUCUACUUUCCCUAAAUACAAAAAAAAAAUAUAGUGAGACGGUUAAGAAAUUGACAUAAAUAUAAGAAGUGUUGCAAAGAGACGCAUUAUAAUGGUAACCUGGGUGACGGACAUGACGUAAGAGCCCUAUCCCAAGAAAUGUGGAUCUUCCAGUGCAGAAGGAACCUACGUUUUCUGUAUGUGUACAAAUUAAAAGCGGCGGUUCCAUAUAACCAAAUACUGAAGUUGGCAAAACUGGAUACAAAUGGAAAUCUGCAGACACCUGAAAUCUGUAAUUUGAAAACUGCUUUUGGCAACAGAUUUCUGUGUAUAGGCUUCAUAUUUUAACCUCUAGGUCUUUAAAUUUAUUUCGGUUUUCGUAUGUUCUGACGCAGAACACGGACGCACGUGAUUAGGUUGUCUGAUUCGUCUGUACUUUUACUCUGAUAUCGACUGAUACGCUUGUGAUGAAAGCGACUCCAACUCAGUUGCGUUUCAGGCACGACUCCUCGGGAUUACGCAAAUUGCAGUAUUCAGGCUACAUCCUGCUUUUGGUCGGACCACAUUCAGGAAACUGCAUCGGAAAACUCCUUAUAUUCUCUCGGCUUGUUAUGGUAACCUCACAAUCGAAUGCUUCUGUUACAGACCUCUCAUAGAGCCCAUCAGGUGAGGACAUGAUGGGUCAUGAACUACUUUUUUUUA